UUAACAUACUUUUUCUCAGCAUUUCAUCAGCUUUUGAAAACCUCACAAAAUCCUUGAAAGAUCUGCCGAUAUUUGCGACUAUUCACUCCAUGACAGUAACACCCCAAAGGAUUUUCCACAGGCUUUACCUCAUGAGGCACCAAUCCACGUACAUCUCUCCCCACUGCACCAUCCCCUGCUCAUAAAUUCUUCAAUAAAAGAGAAAGAGAGAGUACAAGUAAGCAAACCACUAUUGAGGCGUGCCACAUGGCCCCAAGAAAUGUGGGACCCAACCUUAGUCUACGGAAGUGGGACCCAUGUGGCCCCUCCAUAACGGGAUCGAAUCCCAAGGUCAUAUUGCCGGGCCCACAGCAGGCUCCAAAAGUCCUGUCUAGGUGAGAGCAAAGAUCAGCAGGAAGACGGGGAGGGGGAAAAGGGAAAGUAAGAAACCAAAGAAGUGAAAAGGAAAAAUCAGAUGGAUACCUCUCCACCUGCACUCUCUAUUAAAUAAACCAAGCAAAGAAAAAGAUGGGAUUUGAAAUGUGGCUCGCAUGUUCCUAUUAGAAGGAAAAACGAAGCAAAAUCAUGUACAACAAUAAUUCAUCACCCUUCUCAAAAACCGAGAAAGACAAUAAACCAAAGCACUUUUAUUAUGCCCUUCUUACUCACCAUUGACUGAUCUCUCUCUCUCUCUUCGUUCCCUCUCUUUUAAAUUCACCACCACCAAGAUGGUAGAGUCAGAUCAUAUCAAGAGUUGGGAUCCCGAUUUCUCGAUAAUGGCAACACAGGAUCAGUGCCCAUACUUUGAUUUCGACUCGGACUUGUCCUUUGUAUUGCAGACUCCAUUGAUACCCCACUACCAAUUGCACCAAAUGCAGUAUCUGGCAGCCAUGGAAGAAGUCCAUACUCAGAGCUCCGGGUAUCUUCAAGAUGCUGUUGUCGAUUGGACAGACCGGUGCAAGCGGCGAAGGAUGCUGUUCUUCCCGCCGGAUGACUCGCACACCAUCGUGAGCACAGAGAAUUAUCUGCUGAAUGAUGAUUAUAAUGGCCUUUGGCAAGACGAAUUAGACGCGAAUUUUGCAUGGUUCCGUCAGGAAGAUGCCAGUAACACGCUCUCAGGACUAUUGCCCAGCUGCCAAAGUGACGAAAAUGGAGCAGUUUCUUUCGAGAAAGAUCAGACACUUUCAAGCACAGAUGAAGAAGGCACCUGCGCUCCUUCAAAACCAUCCGUUUCAGGUUCCGAAUUGACUUCAGCCUGUUUAAAUCUUCCGGAAGCCAAGCAAAUUGGGUGUGAUAUUAAGAGCUCAAACUUGUCGGUGUCGAUAUUUUUAAAAGGCAAGGAGAAGAGCAAGGUGGAGAGGAGGAGGAAGAAGCCCUUGAGGGUAGCAAAUCCUUUUGCAGUAGUGAAGCCCAGUGGAGUGCAAGGCGACGUGACACUGAGCGACAUAAACAAGAGGAUGCUAAAGAGACCAACAAGGCCAAUACAGCACCCCGUGGGGGAGUUCGCCCGGCUGCCCUGCGCUGCCCCCGACCGGGUUUCGGGCCUCUCCGGCAAGGCAAUCAUCGCACUGACCAAGAUCCAGACCCAGGGAAGGGGCACCAUCACCAUCAUCCGAACAAAAGGGUGACUCCCCGAUGCCUGUCUUUCUUUCUUUCUUUCUUUUUUUUCUUGCCUGCUGUUCCUUCUUUUGGAACCUCCAAUGUAAAAUACCGCUGCCAGCCCUAUCACCUCCUUUCUCUUGUCCCCUACCUACUACCCCACCUUAUACGUAUGCAUGUAAUAUAGAUGUCACGCUUCCUGAACUUGACCUGUAAAAUCAGCAACUAGAUGACUGAAACGUGAAAUGCCAUGGUUUUCCUCCUGUCAUACGCAUGCAGUGAAUGAUGGCAGAUAUAUCUCUCA